AUGCAAACGUUCACUCUUGAACUUUAUCCAACAAGGGGUCAUAUACAUAUUUCAUUUUAUAAAAAUGUAACGAAUGCAGAAGAAUUACGAAAACGUUUACUAGCUCAUGAUCAAGAAUUAUCUUAUGCUUUUAUAGAUGCUAAAGUGGUGAUGGAUCGGUUUCAACUAUUAAUAGCUGCAAAUGACGCGGUACACCAUGAAUUACAUUCUUUGCUUAAAACUUAUAACGUACAUUCCGAAAUUGUUUAUAACCUUUCUCCAACAACAAAUAUAAAUGAAUCUCUUCGAAGAUUUGGAAUUUCUAAUUCUUCAACUUCAAUAGUAGUAGUUAAGGUUGGAGGAAAUGCUGAAGAGGUGAAAUCUCAUUUAUCGACAUUGAUUCAUGGUGAUGAAGCAGAUGUUGGGGAAUUUUCUAAUUCCGUAGAUAUUUCGAGUAUCAAAAAGUAUUAUAAGAUUGAUAAUAAGGUUACCGAUCAAAAAGAAAUGCUUGAUAUUAUUGUUGGAUCAAUCGCUAUUAAAAGUGUAAGUUAA